UACAACAAAUAAAAUGAAAUAGAAAAUCGAUUUACAAUCUUUUUCGCACACAUAAACAAUAACUAACCUAAAAGCGACCUCUCAGAACGACAAUUGUUCUUCAUAUAAUGAGCACUUAUGCAAUUUUAAACGGCUAUAGCCGUCAAAGCAAUACAAGAACAGACAUGCAUAAAAUUGUACACGUGUUUGAAUAUGCGCCUUUCACGGGGCAUUUUUCUGAUUGGCGUAUGUUCCAGCAGGACAUUUAGUUGGC